AGAGAGAGACGCUCGAGUUUCGCGCACCAUUCUUACUUUCAUCUGUUUCCAUCAUGUGCUGACGUGUGCUGGAGCCAUAACGUCUUCUGUGUGCAACAAGUUUCAGGCUAAAUUGAUACGUGUAUCAAAAGAUUUCAACACGCUGUAAACACUUGGUCAGACAUGCGUACCAUUGGGGCAAUAUUUGAAAAUAUUAAGAAAACGCAGAUUAAUACGGAACUACGUCAAAUUAAAGUUACUGUUCACAGGGAUAUUUCUGUAAAGGGACAUGUUACCGAAAUACAGCGAGGUAUACUUAAUCCUGAAGAUAUAAUUGUCACGAGAAGAAAUGGAGAAGGAUGUAAACCGAUAUUCGACAGAGAUGAAAUAAAGCAGGCGGUUGUUAAAACUGUCAAUAUAUGUAUGGAAGAACCAACUAAGUCAACUACAGAUGAAGAGGAGUUAGCCUUAAGCAAUUCGGAAACUUUGAACAAACAAACUUCAUCUGUUAGUCUAAUCUGCAGGAAUUGUGGUUAUAAUUCCGAAUAUCAUUCCAGACAUCGCAUGGAUAUCAAGUAUCAAGAUAGCAAAACGAAAAAUUAUGCUUUCAAAAAUGAUGAGAGAACUCAUACAGAAGACUAUAGCAAAUAUAAAGAGAAAUACAUAGAAAAAGAUACAACUAAACAUGAUACUAUUCGAUUGCGUUCUAGAGAACAGCAUGAUUCGCACUCCAGAUUAUUUACAGAUGAGAAAUUUUAUCAUGACAGAUAUCGUGAAAGAUCCUAUAAACGUUCACACGAAAGAAGAGAAAGUGACAGAGAUAGAGAUAGAUUCAGGUCCAGAUCCAGGGAACGAAAGGAUGAAUAUUUUCACGAAAGCAAGGCUAAGGAUAGGAAUAGAGAUUGGGAUAAGGAUGAAAUUAGAGAUAGGGAUAAAAAUAGAGAAAAAGAGAAAGAUAGAGAUGAGGGCAGAAAUAGAUCCAGGGAACGAAGAGAUGCAACGCCACACAUUGAACCGCCAAUUCCUGCGCCUACCCAUCAUAAUAAUUUUCCUCCGAGACCAAUUGUAGUAAACUCUAUGCUCGUAUUAAGAGAACAGAUUCCUCCUUUAGGUCCGUUAAGAAGACCUAUUCCUCCUUUAGGUCCGUUAAGAAGACCUAUUCCUCCUUUAGGUCCGUUAAGAGGACAUAUUCCUCCUGUGCUCCCUUUAAGAGGACAUAUUCCUCCUAUGGGAAGAGGUAGAUAUCUUACACCUGUCUGGCCACGAUUUGUUCAAUUGGAUAUGUGCAGACCAAGACAUCCAUCACCCAAUUAAGAGGAGAAAGGGAGAGAACUGCAUACAUAUAAAUAUACUUUAAGAAUAAGUAUUCAAUAAGUAAUAAAGAAAAAAAAUGUCUACAUGAAAUAACGUAUUUUAAUUUUAUUUACGGAAUACAUAGCAUGUAAAUACAUGUACAAUUGAAAAUAUACAUAUAUAAAUAUACUGAAAAAUAAAAACAUUUAUAUACAUAUACAUAUUAUAUAUAUGUUUUAUACUAUCAUUCGUAAGUUCACGAAUACUUGCAAUUUUCCCGCACCUCAAUAAGUUAAGUUGAAAAAGUCUUCAAAAUUGAAAAAGAUAUAUAAACUUUGAAAAAAUGUGUAAAUAACAAAAUUUUUUUCUGCUCUUUAAUUUCGAAGUUAAAAAACAUUAUAUAAAAUUAAGUUUUUA